CAGUAGCCGAGGAAAGGCUUGUGUGCAACUCGUACUACACCCGUGUGAGACUUGUGCUUUGCUGGAAUGAUGCAUAAGAGACUUCCUGAAGAUCUGGAAUAUAAUAAUUACUUAAUCUCUCCUUGACUGAAACAUACACUAGCAAAGGUACUUUAUAGAGAGGCAGCAUGUGCUGUUCCUGUGCUGCAGAGCUGCUCCUCACAGACACCGAGAAGGUUUAGCAAGGGUUAUGUUCAAAGAGAGAGUUUUAAACAGCAGCUAUUUUCCUGGGGCUCGGCUUUCUGUACAAACCUGAGCGCGCUACAUAAGACAUGCUUGUCAGGCGUAUGUUUCUCCUAUGAGGUAAGGAUCUUAUACAAAGAGGCACUGCUGAGAGGAAAAUAGCCAGCCUUACAUAAAGCAGCCCAACAAAAGCAUGCAGUUUUAUGUAUCAUGGUGUCCAUUAAAGCUUAUUAGGGAAGAGUGCAUUGAACCCAGUGAGCUUUGCGUUAUUCACUGGAAGGAUAAACAUAAGGGUGUGCAAAAUUCAGAAUCAGGAGGACAUGAUUGUUAAGCUUUGAAAAUAGCUUUGCAGGAGAUACUUUGUUUCCACCUCCUAUGGAUCCGCCUGGAAAAGGUAAAAUAGUGGAAGCUGUAAAUGUUUGGAGACUAUCAAUCCACAGUUCCCAGGGGAGCUAGGACCGCUGUGGCGGAAUAAGUGCCCCUCUUCGGAGUGUGUUUUACGCAUACUUCCAGGGAUAACAAAGAGAAGGCACCGGACACUUUUGUUCAGUCGGAUGGAAUUGGUAUAUUUACCAAAAAAAAAAUCAUUUCAAAGGGAAAAAAAAACAACAGUUUAUUGUGUGAUUUCUGCAGCCAGACAAAGAGCGUCUUUACCAGGGCGAGGAAUGCAAUUGUGUCUGUGUGUAUAUGAUGGAAUAAGGGGGUCCGUGUAUCUGUGUUUUAAGUCAGAGAUAAUAAGGAGAAGGGUUCAUUGAUUUUCCUGGGUAAAGAGCUGAAUCAUUGAAUUGUGAGCAGACUAUCCUGUCCCCCUGCCUUCUAUGUGAAACAUGAAUGGCUAGAUAGAGGGAGACGAGUCAGCAGGAGAGACCUGGGCUUGUGGUAAUUUGCGCACACAUCCCUGUCAUUGUUCUGCCUGGAGAGACAGGGCUGGGUUCAAGGCCACAUGUGCUCCUGUCAUCAUUUCUGCUCCAAGUGCUAUACGGAGUGUCAGCUCUCCAUCUGUCUAGCAUCCUGCCUCCAGCCACAACAGCCAACCCGCAUGGCCAGGCAUCCAUUCCAGAGCAGGAGCACCCCCUAGCCCCAUACAGCCGGCUACCAUACACCGAGAGGCGAGGAAGAAGAACUCCUGUCAGGGGCUGUGUGGUUCUCUGCAGGAUGCCUGAUCGUACUGAGAAGCGCUCCACGAUGCCGGACUCACCUGUGGAGGUAAAGACGCAAUCCAGGCUGACUCCGCCCACAAUGCCUCCUCCCCCGACCACACAGGGAGCCCCAAGAACGAGCUCGUUCACACCUACAACAUUAACCAAUGGCACAAGUCAUUCACCAACAGCACUGAAUGGAGCUCCGUCCCCUCCUAAUGGCUUUAGCAACGGACCUUCGUCCUCCUCCUCCUCCUCGUUGGCGAACCAGCAGUUGCCUCCGGCGUGUGGUGCACGGCAGCUCAGCAAACUGAAGAGGUUCCUCACAACGUUACAACAGUUUGGCAAUGACAUAUCACCAGAAAUCGGGGAAAGAGUGCGCACGCUUGUGCUUGGAUUAGUGAAUUCUACGCUGACAAUUGAAGAAUUUCAUUCCAAACUGCAAGAAGCGACUAACUUUCCGCUGCGACCCUUUGUCAUCCCAUUUUUAAAGGCCAAUCUGCCUCUUCUACAACGGGAACUGCUGCACUGUGCAAGGCUGGCCAAGCAGAACCCAGCCCAGUACCUUGCCCAGCAUGAGCAGCUGCUCCUGGAUGCCAGCACCACCUCACCUGUUGAUUCCUCCGAGCUGCUUCUCGAUGUGAAUGAAAACGGCAAGAGGAGAACUCCUGAUAGAACCAAAGAAAAUGGCUUUGACAGAGAGCCUUUGCACUCAGAGCAUCCAAGCAAGCGGCCAUGCACUAUAAGCCCCGGCCAGCGGUUCAGUCCAAAUAAUGGCUUAUCCUAUCAACCCAAUGGUCUGCCUCACCCUACCCCACCGCCACCUCAGCAUUAUCGUUUGGAUGACAUGGCCAUUGCCCACCACUACAGGGACUCGUACAGACACCCUAACCACAGGGACCUCAGGGACAGAAACAGACCUAUGGGGUUGCACGGAACACGUCAAGAAGAAAUGAUAGACCAUAGACUAACAGACAGAGAGUGGGCAGAAGAAUGGAAGCACCUUGACCAUCUGUUAAACUGCAUAAUGGAUAUGGUGGAAAAAACGAGACGAUCCCUCACUGUGCUACGGCGAUGUCAAGAGGCCGACCGCGAAGAGCUUAAUUACUGGAUCAGGCGGUACAGUGAUGCAGAGGAUUUAAAAAAAGGUAGCAGCAGCACCAGCCAUUCCAGACAACAGAGUCCUGUGAAUCCAGAGCCUGUCCCCUUAGAAUCGCAUCGGGAAUUCCUUCACAGGCCCACUUCUGGAUAUGUGCCAGAGGAGAUUUGGAAGAAAGCUGAAGAAGCAGUCAAUGAGGUAAAAAGACAGGCAAUGGCAGAAUUGCAAAAAGCAGUGUCCGAGGCUGAAAGAAAAGCCCACGAAAUGAUUACUACAGAAAGAGCGAAAAUGGAAAGGACGGUGGCAGAAGCAAAGAGGCAGGCUGCUGAGGACGCGCUCUCCGUUAUCAAUCAACAAGAAGACUCAAGCGAGAGUUGCUGGAACUGUGGACGGAAGGCCAGCGAAACCUGCAGCGGCUGCAACACAGCGCGGUAUUGCGGAUCGUUCUGUCAGCACAAAGACUGGGAGAAACAUCACCAUAUUUGUGGACAGACUCUUCAAACUCAACAGCAAGGAGAUACACCAGCAGUCAGCUCCUCUGUUACACCGAGCAGUGGCGCAGGAAGCCCUAUGGACACCCCACCAGCAGCCACUCCGCGAUCCACCACUCCCGCCACACCAUCCGCCAUAGAGACAGCAGCCCGUUAAAAAAAAAUACAAAGACAAAAACAAUAUUUAAAAAAAAACUGAACUGUUUUUGAAAACUUUAAAAACUCAAUGAAACCAAGUCCUCAUCCUCAGAUGUUCAAAGAUUUAAACUGAACUAUCCUAUUGCAUUACUACAGUAACAGUGGACUACUUUUGUCGUGAAGUAGUGGCAUAAUAUUGAAGGCCAGUAACGGGUCACAAUGACUUCUUAUGGAAAUCAAAGAUAUCUUUUCUUUAGAAAAACUGAAAGAGAGUACAGAAUAUAACACAAUGCUAGAUUUGACCUCCUCCCUGGUAUUUUCAGUAGCUGGGAUUUAAAACUAGAUGACCUCAUUAACAGAUGCUUUACCAAACAGCAAACCAAGAGAUUGCUAACUGCUGUUGAGAGCAAAAAAGGCUCCUAUGAAAAAUAAAGUCACAUUGUUCUUUAACAAAGAAAAAAAAAAACCUCGAGGGCAUGAGCGUUGGAUACAGCAGUAGACAUUUUAACAAGUAGACGAUGGCGUUCCGAGAGUAUCGGACUCAACUUUGAAGACCCGCUACAAACACCCGCAGAUGUGCAGCAGAUUGGAGGGAAGGACAGAUGUUCUUCUCUUUUUCCACUAAUAUCCAGGUCAACAGUACGAAAGAUGAGCUGCCGUAGGAUGUAUCGAUACAACAGCGGAUCUGCCAUCGCAUUAAAGGCUUCUUUUGAUAAGGAAUCCAAUAGUUAGGUAGCAACUUGGCAAUCAUGUCACCAAGCAAUUGCCCCCUCCCCCCCCCCAAAAAAAAAAAACACUUUUCAGCGUUGAAUCACUUUUGCAAAGUUCCACAGAGACAAUCGGGUCUAUUCUAAUAUUUGGGGUAUUUUUUAUCAUGGAAAGCAACAAAAUGAUUACAAAAAGAAAUCAGUACACAUAUGUAUACACAGCGGCUUCGGCUCCAGCCCACUUUAAACAAAAAAUGAAUUUUCCACUAGUAGUUCUCUGUGUUUAAAACACUCCUGUCCUGUGAGAUUCCCCAAUGGUGUUUUUUCUUGUAAAUGUGAUGGACAAAUGUGAAGAAGCAUUGUAGUUUUUACUCAUGCCCACAUUUAACCUCUUUAUUCUUAGCUGGUGAGAAACCUGUCUUUCUAUGCUGCUUUUAUAUCUGUAUAUGUAAGUGAUAAUUCUCUAGUAGUACAAACAGCCCUUUUUUUUGUCUUUUAAGAAAGAAACCGCUAUCUGCAGGAGCUGCUAACUCACUUUUUUUUUCCUGAAAACUAGCAUGCGUCACGGAAUGCUGACCUAUUGGUGUUUUUGUAGGAGGGAUGUACAUAAAUGUAUUUUUGCACUGUCACGACAACUCCUAAGCAUGCAUUUUAUUUUGGCAAACUCAUUUUUUUAAAAUAUUCUCGAUCCACUUAACCAAUCCGUCGAUCCGUAGCAUAAAGGCACAGUGGAUUUUUUAGUUCGGUUUUCAUUACUUUUUUUUUUAAAGGUUCAUUAAUACGGACUUUUUUUUUAAAAAUAAAAACAAAACAAAAUAUCACUUAAAUGUUAAAGGGCAGUGCAUGUGUUUUGCUGUAAGACAAUGUGUUUCUGAUUUUACAAUAUGAUGAUAAUUCGAUUUCCAAAUGGUAAGAUGUAGAUUGAGGCUUUAACUGCUGAAUGUCAGGUUAUACAGUAUUCUGCAUAAAGGGAAGUCAGCCAAAGACUGAUCUUAAGGACCAAAAUCUGAUUUUCUUUUUGUUUUAAAGCACCAAUACUAUAUUCCAAAAGAUCAGCGAGAUAAACAUGUCCAGUACGGUAUAGUGUGAAUUCAUUGAUCCUUUUUAUUGUCCGGUGUCCAGACCACAAUUUCCAGUUACAUAUAAUUACAAUAGCCUGGGAAAGGGAAAGAUAACUUUCAGCUCUCCAGCUGUACUACGUACAUCUCCCUUUGUGCUGAUCUGGGAAGUGACUGCAGAAAAACAAAUUUCUCCCAUGCCUACUCCCAAUUUUGGAGUGCCAACAUUUGCUCAUCCUGGGCUUGGAUCUGUGCUUUAUUAAGGUUAUACGAUCUAGGGUUACAAAUUCUAUUAUGAGCUAACUUGCUAAAGCUUACAGGUAUGUUUCCUGUAUGAGAGGACGGCAUGAUGCAAUACAGUAUUUUUUAUUUUUUACAAUAUUUGUUAAUAUUCUAUUUAUGUUAUCAUUUUGUCGUUGGUUUAGUCAAAAAAAUAAAUGUUAUCCAAAAAGGGUAUGUAAUAAUAUUGUACUUCAUUCUGUACUAGAACUUAAUCUGUUCAGAGCAGUAAGUUUUUUUUUAUUUUACAAAGAUUAAGUUAGCCAACUGCUGAAUGACUGGCAUUGAAUGAAGCACAUUAUCAGGGCCUCCAACUACUUGCCAUGGCACUCCCAAAUCCAUUUACAAGGUGUUUUAGAUCCUUUUCCAUGAUACUCCCUGAUCCGGUAGCAUGGUGCACCCAGGUCCGAUAGCAUGGUGCUCCCAGAUCCGGUAGCACGUUGCACCCAGAUCUGGUAGCACAGUUCUUCCAAGAUUUGGUAGCAUGGUGCCCCCAGAUCUGGUAGCACGGUUCCCCCAGAUCUGGUAGCACGGUGCCCCCAGAUCUGGUAGCACGGUGCCCCCAGAUCUGGUAGCACGGUGCCCCCAGAUCUGGUAGCACGGUAUCCCCAGAUCUGGUAGCACGGUAUCCCCAGAUCUGGUAGCACGGUAUCCCCAGAUCUGGUAGCAUGGUGCCCCCAGAUCUUGUAGUACGGUGCCCCCAGAUCUGAUAGCAUGGUGCUUACAGAUCUGGUAGCAUGGUGCUCCAAGAUCAGCUCAUGGUUCUUCCAGAUCCGGUACACUGGCCCAGAUCCGGUAUCAUGGUCUGCCAUCAAGUUCUAUAUUGUUAUGGUGUUCCCAGAUAGCGUAUCAUAGUGCUCCCAGAUCCAGUACCGUGGUGUUCCCAGAUCCAGUACCAUAGUGCUCCAAGAGCUAUUGCCAGGUUGCUCCCAAAUCUAAUGACUCUCUGUGUAUAUUGUUGUUUUUGUUUGACACUGAACAGUCGUUUCUAUUGGAGCUUUUGUAUGUUCAAGGUAGGAAGGAAUAGCAAUCCCAAAAAAGAUGGUUACUUACAUAUAUCAUUUCACCUGUCAAUCUACAAAAACUGCAACAGCUCUUGAUUUUCAUUCUGUGUACAAUAUGGGUUAGUAACAGUAUGUCUCAUUACUUUAAUUCAGGGCACCCUGAGUGAAAUCAGACACCACUUUCCCUCCUCCUAGCUGAGCUUUCUCUAUUUCCUCCUCUUUUCUUUCCUCCUAUUUUGCUACAGCCUCCUCAGUGGCAAAAAGUUUCACUCUACCUCUGACAGCAUGUAUAUUGCACCAGUAGCUAUCGAAACUGGUCUAGUCAAACCAAAUGGGCACAAAAAAAAAAACCAGGAUACCAAAAUCAAAGCUCAUACAGCUGCAAACCAUAUCACUUCUUGGUAACAAAGCAGACCUCAUUAUGUUAAAGAAAAAGAAAAAAAAAGUUACUUUCCUUUUUUGCUUGUCACUUAUAUGCAGGCGAUGUGAGAGUAUAAUUUGUAGGAAUAACACUUUAAAAUAAUAAUAAUAAUAAAAAAAGGUAAACUUCAUUGGAUAUGACUAAAUGGUGGUCGCUGAUAGGAUUAGGGUACCCUCCCUCUUUCCCUCGCCCUUCCUCUUCUUCCUUCUGAUCUUUCUCUUGAUCUCCGUCACGUGACUCUCUGACGGGGCCGCUUCUUGUCUUGUUUUAUUUUUUUCCAAUUUCUUAAGCUUUAAUUUGUGUAGGUGCAUGUCUUGGGGAUUUACAAAUACAAGGCUGGUUUACUAAUGCAAAGCAUGCCUAAGUCUAGAAUACUUAAAGUUAGGGUGGGUUGGGCAAAAGUGACUCCAUGUUGUCCGAAUUCUUCAAAGGACAGUAAAUCAAAUUGGAGACUGUUGAAAUGCAGAUUUGAAGUACUUUUUUUUAAAAACAAAAAAACAUUAUUUUAUUUUUGGGUUCUGCAACGUUAUUGUGAAAAAAAAGUUGUUGUGCAAUACUUAAUUCAGACAUGUACCACAAGUUAAUGGUAGACUAACACUGGGUGAAGGGGGGUGGGGUGGGAGGGAGACAUCAUGCUUUUGCCGGCAUAAUCUUGAGCUUUUAAGUCUACUAUGUCUGAACUGUGGGUUCUUGUUUAUUCUUUUCCUUUAGUUGGACUGUAUUGUAUGGUCUGUCAACCUGUGAAUCUUUAAAGUAUGAUUCAGGUAUUGUUGUAUUCUUUACUGUGUAUUAAAA